UCAGGAAGGGAGAUGGAUGGGAGAGAACUCGAAACUAAAGAUUUGGCUCUCUCAGACGUCAUCUCCGAUGAUGGCGGAGGAGCAACAAGUGCGAGAGAAGACGAUCCCUAUGUUCACCGUGCUGAAAAACGGCGCCAUUCUCAAGAACAUCUUCGUGGUCAACAGUCGCGAUUUCUCGUCGCCGGAUAGAAACGGAAACGAUGAAGAUGACGAGGUAGAGGAGCAGAUUCUGAUCGUAGGUCGGCAUCCAGACUGCGAUAUUCUGCUGACGCACCCUACCGUUAGCAAGUACCACUUGCAGAUCCGGUCUCUUCCCUCUCGUCAGAAACUCUUCGUCACCGAUCUAUCCUCCGUGGAUGGGACAUGGGUUAGGGAUGAGAAAGUUGAGGCAGAUGAUUGCGUUGAGGUGGAGGAAGGUGAUGUCAUUAGGAUCGGUGCUUCGACAAGGCUUUAUAGACUGCACUGGGUUCCACUUAGCCAUGCAUAUGAUCUCGACAAUCCUUUUGUUUCAUCUACAGCGAUAGAGCAAGAUGAAGAUAAUAGAAUAUCUGAAGCAGAGUCACAAGCGGAUACUGCGUCAGGUGAUGAUGGAGACGGACAUAUGGAUGUGACUUUUGAAGGAAGUGGAUCAUCGGUCCCUAGUGAGGACGAGGAUACAUGUAUUAAUACAAUGGAAUUUUCGUUGCCGCUUGCAUCUCCAAGUGCUUUGGCAUUAGCUAGAGAUUCUGUUGAUACACAAAAGCUACAAUCUGAUGCAGAUGUAGAUUCUCAGUCUUCAUCGCAGUGUGUUGUAGAAGCCGCUCCUGAAAAGCCAAGUAAACAGCACGGUUUGGAUGAUGAUGAAUGCUAUGUCAGAGGAGAUGUGAUGUCAGAGAUGGAGUCACCAGAACCGGAGACUUCAUCGCUUCCACUCCUAAGAGAUUCCAAUCAGACAGAGGAUGUUCAGGCUACACCAGAGUUGGCCAUAAAUAGUGUAGAAGCCAAAGCAGAAAAUCCAAGUAAGGAACAGAGACCAGAUGUUCACUGCAUGAGCAACAAAUCAAAGGUGAAUCAUGAGCCGGUGACACCAAAGAAGAAAGAUGUAAACUCCUAUUCCCAAAGCCAAUCAUACAUCAAUGCAUUUUCUACUGCAUCAGCAAGAAACAACAUAUCUAGGGGCACUCAUUCAUCUUCUAACGGAAAGAACAAGAUGAAGUGGACCAUUGUGUUGGACACUUCUUCUCUCCUCGACAAGGAGUCUAGGAAGCCACUGCACUUGUUGCAAGGUCUCAGAGGGACACAUCUGGUCGUACCGCUAACAGUGUUAAGGGAACUAAAUAAGACUAAACGCACUUGGAGUCUUCUCUUUAGAAAAAGAGCAGAGAUUGCUUCCUCAGCUCUGGAUUGGAUUGAAGAGUGUAAGGUUAAAACCAAAUGGUGGAUUCAGCUCCAAAGCCUAUCAGAGGAAACCAAAGAAACUACACCAACCCCAUCAGUCACUCCUCAGUUAAAUGGCCCUACAUCAGAAGAUCAAGUUCUCGAAUGUGCACUUCUUUAUCGAAACCUUAACAUCUAUGAAAAACUCGUUCUUCUUAGCAACGAUGUAACUCUCAAGAUCAAAGCCAGAGCAGAGGAUGUGAUUUGCGAGACGCCUCAUGAGUUCUACGAGAGUUUGAAGAAUCCGUUGUCUGAAAGGUUUAUGUGGCCAGAGAGUUUGCCGAGAGGAAGGACUUGGAGUCAUUUUGACGAUGUCAUGGUGAGAGAAAAUUACAACAACCGAACUUGUUUUCCUUACAGAAAGAAACCAACGUUCAAUGGAGGACGGGAAGAGAGUGCUGCAGCAGCAGCAAAAGGUUUGAAGCUAAUAUUGCUCCUUAACUCUCAUUAUGGCCACAAUCACUAAUGAUUCAACAUCCAUUGUUGUUCCUUCUUUUCAAGUAAGCCAAAUAAAUUCAACUCGAUUAUAGAUGGAAUACUUUUUUAGAAUAAUGACAUUUUCCAUAUAGUUAGUACUUUUUGAUUG